CUGUGAGCUGGAUUGUCAGCAAGGUGAGUAUUGUGGUGACAUCCCAGUCUCUUUAAACUUGUACAUGGGAUUCAAUUGAUAACAGAUCCUUGUCCUGAACAGGACUAAUUUCUAGAUCUUUUGAGUGCCACAUUUCAUCUUGUGCACAAGACUAGCUGCAAUAGCGUUCAAUAUCUUAAGAUUUGGUUGUGUGGGACGUGAAGGAACUCUGCUGCUUAUUCAUUCUUCUCGUUCUUUUUUUUAAAAAAAAAAAUGGGUUUUGCCUUUUGACUUCUACUCCUUGGCCCAAAGAGUUGGGGUUUUGAGUUUCGUUGUCUACUUUCAAAGCACCCCUACUUUGUUUCUGAAUUCCAAUCCAAUUGCUCAUCUUAACUUAAGAAACCUAACCUACUACUUAAAAUGCUGUGAGGAAUGAUAUUAAGAGUUGCUUUUAUUGGCUGAACAAACAGCAAGGAUAAGGGUGACUAGAUGAAGGUUUUCUGUCAUUAUUUUUGGUUGGAAUCUAUGAAGUGAUUUGUUUUAGACAGUUUUCCUAACUGCAGGUUACAAAUGUAUAUAAUCAAGUGAUUGAAGCUCUUAAUUUAUUUGCAGUGUAGAUGGUCACUUAGCUCAGUAAGUCUACGCCCUCUCGGAGCAAUCCCGUCUUCCUAUCUUUCAUUCUACUCACCUACACUAAAGAUCAUUUACAGUAGGCAAUUAACAUAUCUUAAUGUGGGGGGGGGGGGGAAACUGCAGCACCAAGGUGCAAUUUGUGUGGUCAUGGGAAAUGCAUGCAAAUUCCAUGCAUUCAGCAGUCAAAGUCAUCAAAUGUCAGGUUGCUGGAACUGUGAGACAGUGGCACUGCUGGCUGCCCAAUUCUGCCUCUCUCCGUGAAUCAAAGGAAAACCAAGUUAGCCCAAGCUUCUGAUAAUUAUCUUUUUUUCCUUCUUCCUUUCCUCGUAUCCUCUGAACUUCACACCCAAAUUUCCCUGUGGAUGCUGGCUGAUCCUACAAAUGAAACUCCAGACUGUUUAUUGUUGAGGUUUGUACAUUAAGAAUGAUUAGUUAAUUAAAAUGCUAUAAAUCUACACAGACACCUCUUAAACUAUGCUCUAUCAAGAACAGCAGAAAUUCCAGCCCAUGGAAUCGAAGAAGCUGUUUGUGCACAUUUUAGUAAAACUAAAAUUGACUUGUAAACGAAAUGAUGGAACGGUUAUUUGCUCACUCAGUGCUGGGGGUGGUGGGGAAGAAGGGGCGUGAAUAUUAGGCAAUAUAAUAUUUUGGCUUUAAUCAGAUACCUAUUUGACCAUGACAGCUUGAGCCAAAACCAGACAAAGAAUUCAUCAUGGGAAGUGUGGUGUGGAUAUUGUCUGUUUAUCACUGAUAAUGCUGAUACUAGUUUGCGGAUCAGAUGCGCUUUUCUUUUUCAGUGUGAUCCUGGUGAUCUCAAGUGGAAGAAUUACUGGAAAACCAGUGUGUUGCUGGGUGAGGGUGUUAAACAUUACCUAGCUGGAGUUUUGAAUUAGCAGCAUUCUGUUUUGGAGCAGAAUCUUAAUGCAAAGGAUAAGGUCAUUUUGCCCAUUGAGCCUCUGCUUGGAUCUUCAAUAGUAUCCAUUCCCAUUUCCCAGUGGCUUAGCUACAGUCCUCUCAAAAAAAAAAGGCUUAUUACAGGGGUCAAGUGUCUGAUUUCAGAAUAUGGCAGAGAAAAAGAGCUUUUGAUCCAAACAGCUGUUUCUCUCUUACUUGAGAGGGAAAAAGUGACACAAAGAAGCAAACUCAAUUUCUAAUUACACUGGACAACAAAUAUUUUUGAAAGUGCUGCUUCCUCGGAUUUUUUUUUUUGUUUAUGAUAGACCACUUGAAGCCGAACAAAAAUAUAAUUUCAGACUACUUGUAUCACGUAUGAAUUUGGCGAAACAAGAAAUUAACUUUAAUUGAAAGUAAUGCGUUUAAUUGUACAAUGGUGCUGAAGCUUUGCGAUAGUUCAAUGAAACUAAAUGAGUAGUUGAUUAUUUUCAUUUAUACUCUAAGUCUGAGGCUUCUCGCUUAAGUGCCCAACAAUAAUCAGCCAGCAUUGAUGGAUUCCAGUUGCCCUGAUGCAGUUUCUCCACGACCGCAAUGUUCUGGUGAAACUUCUCGCCAUGCUCGUCACUGACAGUGCCAAGAUUUGCAGGGAAGAAGUCUAAAUGGGAAUGCAAAAAAUUAAUCUUCGGUGAUAUGUUGCACUUCAUGGUUUUGUAUGCUUGAAGUAUGUUGUAAACCAGCUGCACGUAGUUUGGUGCCAUUCGUUGCCAGGAAAAUUUUCAAUGAUUUUCUUUCUUCUUGAAUGCCUUCCAUGUGAUUUUUCUCAGGUCCCACUAAAGUUCUUUGAAUUGCCUGUCAUUGAUGACUUGUUUCCUUUGAUCAAGGAAAUGCCUUCCUUUACCUUGGCACCAGUUAUUCUGGUAAUCACCUGUCUCAAGUAUUGGAAUCCUUCAUGGAAAUUUAUGGCCUUUCUAAAACCAUUUGUGUCAUGCAUGCAGUAUCCGCCCUGCCUAAGCAUGCCAGGACAAGAUAGAAAACUUUUUAGCUUGCAUUGCGGGCAGCAUUUUAAUUGACUUGGAUUAUGAAUUGAAAUUACGAAUGUGUAGGAUUUUUUUUUAAAAAAGGGUCUCUGAUAGGGAAAUUUCAUAGUGGUUUUUUUUCAUGAUCAGCAGCAUAAAAUUCAUAAAAUACACCCAAAAGUAUUCAGGGAGCAAAAUCUUUGUUGUCCAGUGUUAUUUGAAGCAGUAAUUGCUGUAAUAGCCCAGACCACUAAAAUUUGAGUGCAUCCCCAAUAACUUUGUUUUCACAAUAGGAAUUGUUGCAAACUUCAUUUACUACCCAUGCAGCCUUUACAGAUGCACAAGGCUGCAAUAUGUAAAGAGUAAUUAGCUGAAAGAUUAACCAUCACCUUUUGUCAUGAUAUGUCAGAAGUUGUUUCCCAUGCUGUAGGUCAGUAAAAUGGAGGCCCACCAGCCAGUCAGAACCUUUAAAAGCUUAAUUUUUAAUCUCUGACCAAAUUCACAGCAGAACAACAGUGGAAACCCUGGUUAGUACAGAAUGGUUUUACAAAAAUAAUCCAACAUGUUAAGUGUGUGUUUUGAAUAUUUUUAACCGAGCCUUUAGAAUGUACCAUGGUACUUUAAUUCUCUUAUACAGUGAAGGAAUAACAUGCUUGAAAUUGCUUCAUAUCAGCUUCUUUGUUUGAAUGGCCAGAUCACAGCUGCCUUUUCAUUCAAUCACUUAGGAAUGACUACUUGGGCGUCCAUUGGUUUUGAUGGCGUAUCAGUUGCCUGUUCGAAGCAGAACUCUGAACACUGCAUCUACAAAUGUGUUUAAUACUUGAUGUUUUGAAGUUGUGUACAAUAUGUUAAAUUGCUUUCCUCUGAGAAGCUGGUUCCUUCCAAACUGAAUAGAUAAAGCACAUUGUGUUGAUGUUUAUCUGUUCUGCUCUCAGGUGGAUUAAAAGAUCCCACGACGCUAUUUUGAAGAAGAGCAGGGAAAUUAAUCCCGGUAUCCAGGUCAAUAUUUAUCCCUCAACAAAUGCCUUUUUGUAAAAAGUUAUCUGGUCAUUAUUGAACACUGGCACUUGUUGUAUUAACUAUAUUACAUCAGCGAAUACACUUUUUAAAAAAAAGAACUUCAUUGGUUAUAAUGCACUUUGUAAAUGUACUGAGAUCAUGAAAGAUGCAGUAUAAUUGCAAGCCUUUUGUGUAUUUCCAAACAGGAAAAUAUAAAUAAAUUCCCAUAUUGGUCAGCCCUAAAACCAUUAUAGGUUAUUACAUUUUAUUUAAAAACAAAGAGCACUGCUUCCUUGGUCAGAAGAUUCCAGUUAGAUUAUAAGCUAUCUUUCAGUGAUCUAAAUUCUGGACCCAUUCAAACAGAAAAUGGUCAGUCGUGAACAGCCACUUGGAGCAACCUGAAUGCCAGUAUUUCUUCUCCAUAAUAAUCUGCAAACCAAAUAUGGUUGUUUUAUUUUCCUGUUAUACUUUGGCUACAUUUAACUUAUUAAGCACAUGUCCUGUUGUGGUUAAUGCUGCUUGUGACAUUUCUAGGUAAAAUAAAGUCGUUUGAUCCCGAACGUUAAGGUGACAGGAUCAUAAAUCGUGUCUGACUAUGUUUUGGUAGCAAUGGGUGAAGCCAUGUUCAACCAAAUUCACCUUCCGCACAGAGAGAAAGGUGCCAAAACUUGGUGUGAUGCUGGUCGGAUGGGGCGGUAAUAAUGGCACUACCGUUACGGCAGCGGUUCUGGCCAACAAGUUGGGACUUCACUGGAUGACCAAGACAGGAAAGAAGGUUGCUAACUACUAUGGAUCCCUGUUUCAAGCCUCAACGGUAUGCCUUGGAGCUGGUCCUGCUGGGGAUAUCUACAUGCCUUUCAAAGACCUGCUGCCUACAGUGAAUCCAAAUGAUAUAGUUUUUGAUGGCUGGGAUAUCUCAUCAAUGAAUCUUUGUGAUGCCAUGGAGAGAGCUCAGGUCCUGGACUGGCAACUUCAAGAGCAGCUGAGGCCUCACAUGAGAAAGUUCCAACCUCGACCUUCUGUUUACUUUCCAGAAUUCAUUGCUGCUAAUCAGGGAGCACGGGCAGAUAAUGUAAUUCACGGUUCCAAAAAGGAGCAGGUGGAGCAAAUUAGGAAAGACAUCAGGGACUUCAAGGCAAAGAGCGGUGUUAACAAAGUGAUUGUUCUAUGGACAGCAAAUACUGAGCGCUUCUGUGAUGUCUCUCGUGGAGUAAAUGAUACAGCAGGAAAUUUAAUGAAGACAAUUGAGUGUGGAGGAGAGGUAUCACCAUCAUCUAUGUUUGCUGUGGCCAGCAUUUUGGAGGGCUGUGCCUACAUCAAUGGUUCUCCACAGAACACCUUUGUGCCAGGAGUCAUUGAUCUUGCCAUCAAACACAAGGUGUUUAUUGGGGGUGAUGACUUCAAAUCUGGCCAGACUAAAAUCAAAUCUGUUCUGGUGGAUUUUCUGGUCAGUGCUGGACUAAAGACUGUCUCAAUUGUCAGUUAUAACCAUUUGGGCAACAAUGAUGGGAAGAAUCUUUCUGCCCCAGAGCAGUUCAGGUCAAAGGAGAUCUCAAAGAGCAACGUCGUAGAUGACAUGGUUCAAUCCAAUCCUAUUCUGUAUAAGCCAUCCGAAAAGCCAGACCAUUGUGUUGUGAUUAAAUAUGUCCCAUACGUUGGAGACAGUAAGCGUGCGAUGGACGAGUAUACAUCUGAGAUCAUGAUGGGUGGCACCAACACCAUUGUCCUCCAUAACACCUGUGAGGAUUCCCUGCUUGCCAGUCCUCUUAUUCUGGAUCUGGUAAUCCUAACUGAGCUCUGCCAAAGGAUAACAUUCCGAACUGAAUCAGACACCGAAUUCCAAACAUUCCACAGCGUUCUCUCAAUUCUCAGCUACCUCUGCAAGGCACCAGUGGUGCCAAAUGGAACACCAGUCGUUAAUUCUCUUUUCAGGCAAAGGACAUGCAUUGAAAAUAUUUUGAGGGCCUGUCUGGCUCUUCCUCCUCAGAACCACAUGCUCCUGGAACACAAGAUGCAAAGAAGUUUCAUGAGUACCCAGUUAAAUGACCAUUCAGCAGCUCAGCCUGUACCUCACAAAACCGCGAAGCUUAACAACAUCCUCAACAAGAACCAUGUCAUAAGUGGUUAUACAAACGGCUAUGUUAAUUAACUUUACAGAUAACAUUGAAACAUUGUCAGGUUAUUUCUGAUCUACUAAGCUUUUGGAUAAUGGAUCUGAACUAUUUUACAUCUGUAUUUAAUGUGCUCCUUUUAACUGAAAAAUGGAUAUUGUUACAUAUUACAACCAUCCAAGAUAUGGGGCUGUUUAUAAAUCUAGUUUAUUGAAGUGCAGGAUAUGGGAUAUAAACCUUUUAAUUUUGACUAUUGAUAACCGAUUUGUCACAAGUUAUUUUCUACUAAGAGCACAAUCUAAAGAGUUAACCAGAUGCUAGGAAUUCUAAAAUAAAA